AUCUAGGCUGCUUCCGAGCCACGCUAUCAGCUCGUACUAGCGUGCUCCGGUGCUGUGUAGAGGAUUUUUGCUCCCUCUGCGGGUUCCAUGCACCUUGGCGGGUAUUUCCGGACGUGAUGCAGGCAGCGGAACGCUCGUGUAAAACGCGGAAUUUCACACCCGGACGGCCUGUUUUGUAAGGCCUCUCUAGAGGUAGAGCAUGCCACGUAGCCAGAUGUCCCGGAUCGGCGUUCGAAUGCUUUCCUGCCUUUGAGUCGACUCAAAAGCAGACUCAUUACACGCGGUUUUGAGUCGACUCAGCGGUAGCAGCAAGCAACGCAGCCAGAUGUCGCGGAUUGGCGUUCGAAUGCUUUCCGGCGUUCGCUAUGCUCCGUUCGGAAUGGGGAGAGCUCUUAUGGACGCCGCACCGCCAGUUUCCGCCGCCUCCGCGUGCAAUAAGGAGAAGCACCAGUUUCCACAGGAUACGAUCCUGUCCGUUGGUUGGACCACGGGCCAACAGAGCCAGGAACAGAAACAGCAGCAGCAGCAGCAGCAGCAGCAGCAGAUGCAGGAUAAAUUUUGUUUCGCGACGCCACAAAAUCAUCAACAAAUGUUCAUCAGAUCCGGUUGUCAGAUCCCGAGACGUGUAUCAGAUAGCACUGUAGCGGAUCGGAUCCGCGUGCAGCCUUUUUCUAGCUCUGCGUCGCUGCUGAACAGUACCGAGUCGGGGGUUAUAACGGGUACAGAAACUGUAGGACGGGGAGGGAGGGAGGAGAGGGAAGCAGCAGGGAGGGAGGAGGGAGGGGAGGGAGAGAGGGAGAGGGGUGGACAAGUGGGAGAAGUGGGAGAGGACGUGGUGAUUGCGAUCGGGGGAAACAUUGGGAAUCGCGUGGCGAAUUUCCACCGAGCGCUGCGAAUGCUGCGAGAGGCAGGAGUGCAAGUGCAGCGGCAUGGCUGCCUGUACGAGUCAGCCCCUGCGUAUGUGACCGACCAGCCCUUCUUCCUCAACUCGGCAAUUCAGGCACGUACUACCCUCUCUCCCCACGCCCUCCUGUCUCUCCUCAAGUCCAUCGAAGCAAGCCUAGGCAGGGACCUCAACCCCCACACUGCCCGGCGCUUCGGCCCACGCCCCUUAGACCUCGAUCUGAUCUUCUACGGAUCCAGAACCGUCCGCCCAGAGGGAACCGCCCCUGCUGAAACCACUCCUGCUUCAAGCCCCAGCACCCCACUCGACCUCGUGGUACCACACCCACGUUUGGCUGAGAGGCCCUUUGUGCUCGCCCCUAUGAUUGACCUAGUGGGCGGCUGUGGAAAGGGCAGAGACUUGCCUCAAGGCAGACCUGCUGUGGAGGAUUUGCAGGGGGGGGAGGGGGGGCAAGAGGCGAAGGAACCUUCUUGGGUGUUUCACGAGGCGUUUUGGAAGGAUGGAGUGCCCGGCCUAUGGAGAAAUCUAGGCGGCGAGGCAGCAGUAGGGGGAACGGACCUGAGGAGGGUAGUUCCCCUUCCGCAGCGGUUCUUAAGAGGGCAGAGCGAGGGGAGGAAGGCAGAGGGGGAGGGGCCCCUGUGGGCAUGGGAGGAGGAGCGACGACCUCUGGUGAUGGGAGUGCUAAACGUUACUCCUGAUAGCUUCAGUGAUGGGGGGAGAUUCACUAGGAAUGGGAAUGAUAGCAGCAGCAGCAGCAGCAGCAGCAGCAGCAGCAGCAGCAGCAGCGCCAGUGGCACUCACCAUACUAAUGUGGAGGUGGAUGUGGAGGCAGCAGUGAGAGAAGCAGAGAGAAUGGUAGCUGAAGGAGCAGACAUGAUUGACAUAGGGGGGCAGUCCACAAGACCUGGAGCCCCGCGCUUGUCGACCAAUGAGGAGCUGACACGUGUCAUCCCUGUCGUGAGAGCAGUUCGUUUCCGAUCGCCAGGUGUCAUCAUCUCAGUGGACACUUUUGAUGCGGAGGUUGCCAGGUCAGCGGCGUUAGCUGGUGCUGACAUCAUCAACGACGUGUCGGGCGGGGCGAUGGAUCCUCAGAUGCUGCCAACAGUUGCCGCCCUGAAUGUUCCAUUUGUCCUUAUGCACAUGCGGGGAGAUCCCUCCACCAUGCAGUUGUCCGAAAACACCGCGUACAAAAAUCUCAUUGCUGAUGUGGCAGCUGAGCUGGCAUGCCAGGUGGCAGCUGCUGAGAGGGCUGGGAUUCCCCUGUGGAAUAUUAUUCUGGACCCGGGCAUCGGGUUCGCCAAAACUGGGCAGCAAAACUUGGAGCUAAUCAGAAAUCUCGGGCAGCUGAGACAAGAAUUGGGCAGGUGGAGGAAGGGCUUGGAGCAUGUGCCGAUGCUACUGGGUCCUUCAAGGAAAGGUUUUUUGGGUAAGCUCACUGGCCGGGCAGCUGGAAAAGAUCGUGAUUGGGCGACAUGUGCAGCAGUGGCAGCUUGUGUAGCAGGAGGGGCAGAUAUUGUUCGAGUGCAUAAUGUUGGUGCUGGUCGAGACGCUGCUACUGUGGCAGCAGCUAUUUUUAGGAAUGCGGGGUCUUAAGACACUGCUUUUAUGGUGCACUAACAUGAAAGGAAUGCGUUUUUUAAGAUCUCGAGCUUGGUGCAAGCUGCUCAAGCUCUCGC